GCUUAACUUGAUAAUGUGAAUUUUCCACUUUAUGACUUAUUUUUACAAAAAUCAAUUCAAAAGAUAAAAGGGUAUAGGGUGGAAAACGGCACCGUUCUGUUCUCUGACUUCAGUGCACCAUUCUUUUCGUCCACCCAUAGCCUGGUGCGGCACUUUCCAGAAAAUUCUCCAAAGAAAGCUGGCCAUAGAUGGAGCAGAGAAGUGUUCGAUUUGCUUUUGGAUUCAUAGCGCUGAUAAUUUAUGCUCAUGCGUUAAUCAGAGAAGCCUCCGCUUCAAUUCAUGAGUACCGAAAUGAGCAGUUCAUCCCGAAGUCCAACGCCUUCUUCUUCCACGGAGGCACUGAAGGCCUUUUAGCUUCCGAGCUCGAACACUCAUCUGCUAAUAUCUCCAUUGAUAAACCCUUAAAAGGAAAAUCCUUCAUCAGGUUUGAAGAUAUUACCUUUGUGAGGACAAAAGAAUCAAUUGAUAGUAAAAGUGCCAUGCGGAGUAAAAAUGGUCUGGUUGAGGCCAUCAUUCUUGAGGUGAAAGACAGAGAAAGAAUCGGAGACUCAUUGCCAAAAUCUAAUGCAAUUUGCUGCACCAAAGAACUUGCUGAUGAUAAACUCUGCACCGUAGGGGAGGUUAUCAUUCAGAGACAUCCCGACAACCCAGAGUGGCCCAAACGAAUCCAGAUAUUUUUUGAAGGAGAUCACCAAGAAGCUAAAAUGGAUCCCCAAUCGGUUGAAAUAAACAGUACAGGCAUUUAUUAUCUCUAUUUCAUGUUCUGUGAUCCGCAACUACAGGGUACAGUCAUUAGCGGAAGAAGUGUGUGGAAAAACCCAGAUGGUUAUUUGCCUGGGAAAAUGGUCCCCUUAGUGACCUUUUAUGGAAUUUCAUCUUUAGCUUAUCUCGUGCUUGGUCUUUUCUGGUUUGUAAGAUUUAUACAGUACUGGAAGGAUGUCAUUCAAUUGCAUUCUCAUAUUACAGUAGUUAUUGCUCUUGGCAUGGUUGAAAUGGCUCUCUGGUACUUUGAGUAUACAAAUCUUAAUUCAACAGGAAGGAGGCCAAUGGCAAUCACUCUCUGGGCAGUAACAGUUAGCUCAAUAAAGAAGACCUUAUCACGUGCGCUUCUUUUGAUGGUCUCAAUGGGAUAUGGUGUUGUCAAACCUACCCUCGGUGGUGUAACUUCCAAAUUAUAUCUUUUAGCUCUCACAUAUUUUAUUUCCUUGGAGGCACUUGAACUUGUUGAACACUUGGGCAAUAUCAAUGAUUUCUCGAGAAAAACAAGGUUAUAUUUGGUAUUGCCUGUUGCUUUCUUGGAUGCCUGGUUCAUUUCAUGGAUAUUUUCAUCGUUAUCCAAAACACUAGAAAAGCUUCAGGUACGAAAAAGCAUUGCAAAACUGGAUCUCUACAGAAAGUUUACCAACUCCCUUGCAAUCUUUGUUCUGCUAUCCAUAGCUUGGGUUGGCUAUGAGCUAUACUUCAAUGCAAGUGACCCAUUAGGCGAGUUAUGGCGAUUUGCUUGGAUAAUUCCUGCUUUUUGGACGGUCCUAGCAUUUUCUUUGUUGGUGGUUAUAUGUGUUCUUUGGGCUCCCUCACGUAAUCCGACCAGAUAUGCGUACUCUGGGGAGACCGUAGAUGACUUAGAUGAAGAGGCUAUCUCACUGACAAGUGCAGUCAGGGUAGUAGUCGGUGACUCAGGAACAAUGCUUGAAAGGAAGGAAAAGAAGGGGCCCACUUCAACCGAACGAGAAGACAUAGAAGAGGACAAGCGAGAAUAGAUAGCAACUUCACUCCCCACCACCACCACCACCACCACGGCCACCACCCAAUCCCUCCACCCACCCUUGUGGCACAUGCCGCGUCUUUUUUCUUGCUCGCAAGGGGUAAAGUAGGACGAAAUUUUAUAUAUAUGCCGUGGGAUGUACAAAGGUGGUUAUGAUUUGUAUAGUGAUUAGUGAAACCUCACAACGUUAACGGAUGGCUAAAAUCUCAAUAUCUCACUCAUGACUCAUCUGUAAAAAGAUUUUCGAGAUCCUUAGUUGGAAGUUGAUCUCUUAUGGAGUGUAAAUCUUAAAAGCAUUAUAUUAUAUGCCUACUAAUAUAAGUUUCCAGUUUCU